UCAUGCUCUCCUUUUUCCAGCGUCUAGGGCGCACAUUUAGGGUGAGUCUUCCCACACCGGCUAAUGUACUCAGACAAUUCCUCACAAGUGUAUUCAAGGCUUGUCUCCAAGGAGUCAAAUUCACAAUCAAUAUAAACUAUCACAGACACGUUCCAUUUGGUUUCGUUAUUGUUACUGCUGAAAACCUUUUUGAUAUAAUGUCCACUCGAGAUUGGGACUUGGAAAAGAGUCCUGCAACAACAGUAAGAAUAAAAGAGGCUCAAAAUAGGAACCCCCUGAGGAAAGAAAUCAAAACCAGGGGAUGUGUCGAUAAAAGGAAAAUGUUCAAGCUCAAAGGAAGAUGGGUUGAAAUAAGAGGAAAGCUGACAACAUCAAGGUUCUAUACAUGAAAGAGUCCAGGCCACUUCACAUGUAAUGCACUUCUUGGUUAAAUGUUAGAGGGAGGAGAGGAUUCCAGGGACAGUUUUGACAGGCAGAAGAGCAUGUCCACAAGGAACUGCACAUGGAGACUCAGAUCCUACAGCCCAUUUCCCAGCUGUGUGACUUUAUGUAAAUUGAAAACAUCAGUAUGGUGAGGCACACCUUUAAUCCCAGUACUCAGGAGGCAGAGGCAAGCACAUUCCUGACUCUGAGGUCAGCUUAGUAUACAGAGCGAUUCACAGGACAGCCAGGGCUACAUGGAAAAACCCUAUCUCAAAACACAGAAGCAAGCAAACAAAAAAAAUCUCUGUGCCUCAAUUUCUCAUUUUUAAUAAUAGUUCUAACCUCAAACAAAUUACAAAAUUUAUAUUAGAUAAUCCUUCAAGGUGAAGAUGAGGACAGGGUUUGGUGUGUAUGAAAGUGUAUGUAAGUAUUUGUUCUUCCUAAUCUUCAGUUAUCGUUUCAACUUAUGUUCUUGAAACUAGUCACCCCGUGGUGUAGUCUCUGCUAUCACCCUGUCUUACAUGACUAUUUUAUGAGAAACUAGGUUGGUGAGAUGGCUAUGUUGGUAACAGUGUUUGCUGUACAGCCUGGCCAUAAGGGUCCAAUGCCCAGAGGGCACAUAAAAUGAGAGAUUGAGAGAUUUGACUCCUGAAGGCUGUUCUCUGAACUCUACACACACACACACACACACACACACACACACUCGGGGGAGGGGGACGGGCAGGCAUGUAAUCACAAUACUGAGGGGAAAGUUAAAACAGGAGGAUCACAAGUUUGACAGCAGCCUGGGCUACAAAGUUAGUUCCAAGCUAUCCUGAGCUACAGAGUAAGGCCAUUCCCUCCCUUAAAACUGUCAAAAAAGAAAGAGAAGGAGGAAGGGAAGGGAGAGGAAAGAGGAGGAGACCUAUAACACCAAGUUCUGGUGAUAAUAAGGGACAACUAGAUUGUCCUUAUUACCUGGCAGGAGAGUAAACUGAUAGAUAAGACAGUUGGCAGAGGGGACUAUUUGUCAUUUUCAUAAAAAAUUAAAGACACAGUUGUCCUAUAAUCUGUUUGCUUAGCUCUUGCAUAUCGAAGAAAAGUAAACAUGCAUAUGUAUGUCUGAGUGCAUGCACAUGCACGCACGCAUGUAUACACACACACACACACACACACACACACACACACACACACUUUGCUCAGGGUGUGAAGCCAUGCUUAAAAGAACCCAUCUCUAAAUCAGAUUAAUCAAAUUCUAGAAUAGACGGAAACAAUCUCUGUUGGCGUAAAUCUGAAGCACGUCUGUAAAAUUGUCAGAGAUAACUUUCUAGAUGUGUUCUCUAUCUUGGUAGCUGUUUAUACCAUGGAUUUAAUGAAUAGGGUAUAUGUGUAUGUCUUGGCUAUAAAUUCUAAUUCUAUUGGUGUGUGUGUGUGUGUGUGUGUGUGUGUGUGUGUGUGUGUGUGAUAUACAAGCACAUUUAUGUACAGAUACAGAGAGGAGGAGGAUGGGUGUUCUACUCUACCAGUUGCUGCCUUAUCGUUUUGAAACAGAGUCUCUUGCCAAACAGAGCCAGGCUGGUGAGGAGAAAGCUCCAGUGAUCUUUCUGUCCCCAGCUGCAUAACACUGAAAGAGGUGGUGCAUGUCUGGGUCAGAAGGAAGGGGAGCAGUUGUAUAACUAGGUAUCUUAAGAACAGGUAAGGAAGGGUAAAACACAAAGCUUGUCCUUCCUUAGUGGGUAACACUCCUGGGUGACCAGUCAUUCGGAAACAUUGAACAGAGCAUCACCCAUUUGCAGAUGAAGGCAGAGUUGUCCACACUGAAGUACCCUAGUGAAUAGAGCUAGCAGAAUUAGAAAGUUGUCACGUUGACGUCCUUGAUUAAAUAAAUUACCAUGGUCAUGACUAUUGGUUUUUCUACCAUAAGAGAACAACUAUCCUUCCAAAUGCAAGAACACACAGGCUACAGGAUCUAAAGGAGUCUUGAUCAAAUGAUCUAGCCAAAAGCAGAGGCCUUCAGGAACCACAGUAGAUAGAAGUGUUUUAAAUGAUACCUUAAAAACAUAGUCAGCAAGCCUGGGUGGUCUGAGAAUUGAUGGGCUAAACAGCUCCACAUCUUCAGUAAAUAGAUAACCAUAUGGUGUACUAUAGAUUACCCAAAAUCUGAGAGAAAUGUGAACCAGUGUCAAAUUAUGGCAUCUGGUUUGGGAUCUUAUUUCCAACAAAGUGGGGGCAAGGGGAAUGAGGUUAGCCAUGGUAGUAUACAGCCUUAAUCCCAGCACAUUCUGUAGGCAAAGGAAGACAGAUCUUUGUGUGGUCAAAGUCAACAUUUCUACAUAGAUAGUUCCAGAAUAGCCAGGGCUCACACAGAGAGAUCGAGAGACCCUGACUCAGGGAGAGAAGAAGGAGACAGAGAUGGAAAGUGAGAGUGAGAAGGGAAGAUUUGGAUGCAGAUGCAGUCAUACAUGUUAAUAAUCCCAGCACUCUGGAGGCUGGAGCAGGGGAGUCAUGAAUUUGAGGCCAAGUUGUACUACAUAGUGAGACCUAUAAAAUAAGCAAAUAAGAAAAGAUAUCAUUCAAUUAGAAAUCUAAACUCUUAACAGAUAUCUUAAAGAUAUUGAGGAUUUUUUUCUUUUAGUUAUCUGGGUUUAAUGUUAAAAAAGAAUGUUAUGAUCUUUUAUACUGAAAUCUUUACAGACAAAAUUACCUGAAGUUGAAGAUUUGACUUAAGAUGGCCCAGAGGACAGAAAGGAGGGGAUAAUCGAGUGACUCUCAACCUUCCUAACGCUGUGACCCUUCAACACAGUUCCACAUGUUGUGGUGACCCCCUGACUAUAAGAUUUUUCCAUUGCUACUUCGUAACUUCAAUUUUACUACUAUUACGAAUCGUAGUGUAAAUAUCUGAUAGGCAGGAUAUGACCCUGUUGGGGUCAAGAGCCACAGACUGAGAGCUACUGAUUUCCGUGUCUCAAGAGUGGCCAGAUUAAAAGGUGCGUGCAGAGACUGGGUGGACACAGUGUGUGAUGCCAGUCAGCCACUGUGUGUGUCCUGAAGUCUUCCUUCAUCUAAAAAAAAGUUCAUUUUAGGCGGGAGUAACUCUAACUUAAGGCUAGCCGGCUACAUAGAAAGACCCCUGUUUUAGAAGUGGAGGGGGAGGAGGAGGAGGGAGAGGAGGAGGAGAUAGUUUUGUGUUUUUUUUUUCAAAGCUCUGUAAAGGGGCAGAGAAAGGGGAAAACGAAACAGAGCAAAAAAAUCAGAUUCUGCAGAAAGCCAGGAAGGAAGUGAGACGGGAAGCUGCAUGGAAAGUCGUGCCACUUUCUUUGCACAUUGUCUGUGCAGCCUUUCUGAAAGUCCUUACUGGACGCUGGACUCUGGGUGCAGAGCCUGUUUUCUUACCCCCAACUGGGAGGCUCCUAGCACUGAGUGCUCCGGGUCUUGGGUCCUGUGUGUGAAGUGGACUUCAAACAUGGUGUUCAAAGGCGCUUUUGUCUUUACUUUUCCAAACAUGAGGAAGUUAUUAGAUUUUACAGAGUUUGUGUCCAGUGUCUGAAAGGCCGCACGUGCCUUUGACCUCUGGCUAUGAGAGCCAUGAGAACCCCGGGCAUGCCUGCCUCUCUCCCCCAGGCUUCUCACCUCGACUUUUCCAUUUGUGGUUAAGAAAGCAGGAACCCGCCCAGUGCAAGAAAGUUCCCUCUUUUCUGCCGGGAGGAGAACAUGAGUAACAGAUUUUUUCCAUCGGAGCAGUUUUUCCUGGACACAGCGUACCGUCCAACGGCUGCAGCAUGUGAUCUCAGGGAGACCUUAAAUAAACUUUCGGUGCUCUUAUCAGCCCCAAUUUUAGGAACUUGUGAAUUCACUUUCUGUAGUUGGUGAUUUUCCUUUUUAGACAGAAGUUCUUUUUCAUUCAGUAGCUGCUGAGAGCUUCCCAGGUGCCUUAACCGCGUCGUCCUGAGUAUAACAGAGAUGCCUUGUACACAGCCCAAGUCCCUGCAGCGGCCCUCGCCUGCCUUGCCUGUCUUCCUGCCUUGCUCAGCGGUUUCCCUGGGCAGGGUCCUCGGCCCUCUUCAUCAUGACUUGUGGUCAUAUCCCCUGCCUCUCCUGCUCAUUCACUGGCCUCUGCCCCCCAGCACAAUGCCAGGCAGAAAGGCCCUAUGCAAAAUAAAAAUGCACAAGUCUUACUCAACAGGAGCCAGGCAUGGCAGGACCUGUAAUUCCCACACUUGGGAGGCAGAGGGAGGGUUGUGCAUUCAAGGCAAGACUUCUGAGACUCUGUCUCAAAAAUACAAGAGCUGGAGAUGUACUUAACAAGAAGAGCAGUUGCCCAGCAUCCACACAGCCCUGACUUUGACCCCGAUCAACAAAAAAUAAUAGCAGUAGUAUUAAGAACUGUAAUAGCGGGGCUGGGGAUUUAGCUCAGUGGUAGAGCGCUUACCUAGGAACCGCAAGGCCCGGAGUUCGGUCCCCAGCUCCGAAAAAAAAAAAAAAAAAAAAAAAGAACCAAAAAAAAAAAAAGAACUGUAAUAGCUGGGUGGUGGUGUUGCGCACCGUUGAUCCCAGCACUUAGGAGGCAGAGGCAGUCAGAUCUCUGAGUUUAAGGAUAGCCUGGCCUCCAGAGUGAGGUCCAGGAUAGCCAGAGCUGCACAGAGAAAUCCUGUCUCAAAGGGAGAACAAAAGAACUGUAGUAAAGAAAUAAAGCCUUACAUAGAGCAUGGGAUCCUGUGGGCCCACAAUGCAAAUCUGAGCACCCAUGAUACCAGCGAUGGUGCCUGGCACCCUGUGAACAGCCAAAGUAACUGUCCUUGUAAUGAAUGAAAUGAGCCCUCCAAGUGGUUUCAGGUUGGUAACAAUGAAGAACAGAAGACAGUAUAUACGGAAGAGAUGCUGGUCCUAGACAGUCGGGUAUCAGACCCAUUUCCCUCCUCCAGAGCCACAAAGUCCAAUCAGUUGAGGCUUGGAGCAUGAUGUUUUCCAAGUUGAUUUCCCUAUAGUCCCGUGUGUGUGUGUGUGUGUGUGUGUGUGUGUGUGUGUGUGUGUGUGUGUGCGCGCGUGCGUGUGCUUGGUCCUUUAAAACAAAGAGAGACCUGAGGAGUAGAGAGGUGGCUCGGCAGUUCAGAGUACUUGCUGCUCUUGCAGAGGACUCAGGAUGGGCUUCUAGCACCCACAUGGCAACUCACAUCUGCCUCUAACUUCAGUUCCAGGAAACCUGGCACCCCCUUCUGGCCUUUGAAGGUGCUUCACCCAUAUGGUGCUCAUACAUAAUGGAAGAACACUUCACACAUAUAAAAUCAAAAAUAACUAAAUUUUCAAAAUAAACUGGAGCUAUCUAUAUAUAUUUUCCCCCUAAACUCUUUGUGCUUUCCUUCAUCUUGCUUCCGGGGACAGUGAAAGCCCCCAGGGCACGUGCCUGAGUCCACAGCCUGUGAACUAAGUUCACAGUAUGUGAGCCUGCAUCCCCACCACGAUGCAAGUUCCAUAGUCUUGCCUCACAGAUGCCCAUCUUUGUUUAGAACCAUUCAAAAAUGUCAGUUUGCUUGCUCAGGGAUUCUGCUGUGGGUUACCGACCCCUCAGUCUUUGAGUGUUGGAAGCUUACUUCCUAAACCUCUGUGCUAAUGGUAUUUGGAGGAGGGGAUUGAGGGGUAGUUAGGACUACAUGAAGUCAUAAGGGUGGAGUACCCAUUAUGCUAUUAACUGGCUUUGAACAAAAAGGAAGAGAAACCCAAGUGAGUAAGCUUACUCUGUCUCUGUGCAUAUGAUGCUCACACCAUGAUGUAGCGAGACUUUUUAUAGAUGCCAUGACAUGCCCUAGGACUUAUCAGACUCCAGAACCAUGAGAUGAACCUUUACUUCUUUUUAUAAAUUUGCCUAUCUGUAAUAUAGCAACAGAAAAUGAACUAAGAUGGGGUUCUUAAACAGGACAGGCUAAGUCUGCCCCAGAACUGGGUGCCUCUCAGGAAGAACAAUCAAGUCAGAUAGAGUGGGCUUCACUCACCCCUGGUCUCUGAAUGCCACUUGUCUAGGAGUGUUUCCCAAGUGGCCACCCCAUGCCUGUGUGAUAGCCUAACGCUACAGGGAUGAACCACUCUGAGCAUGCUCUGUUCCUACACUUCUCCUAUCAUCACGCCUAGAGUCCAUCCUACCUUGCAUUGAUAACACCCAGGAUCCAGAGCCUCAUGGAGCAAUUGGUUAAGGAUGUCCAAGUCACACUGUCUUUCCUCUCACAAGUGACAUGCUACAGAGAAUCUUUCCAUCCACAAGUUGAAGUGGAAACUAUAUACUCAGUAACAGAAAGAGUUUGGAUACAAACACAUCCAUUAAUCUAGCCAUCCAGACCUUGUCAGCGAAGCCUGCCUACCUCCAGCCCAGCUGCCUGCUAGGGUGUGGCCUGGUGGCUCUAGGCUGCCAUCCCAGUCCCUUUGUCACUCUAAACAAUUAUAGAGUACUCCUGGAACACUAAAGUCGGAGAUGAGAUAGUAAUCUAAUACUUAUAAGCCUUCAGAGUCUAAUUAAUAAUCUGAGGACUGGUAACAGCUACUGUGCUUUUUGCAAACAUGGUGCUGGAGAGUAAACCCAGGCCUUUGUGUGUGGCAAACUCUCCCACAUCCCAAGAUUUUACCUUUAUCCCCCUUCUACAUGUGUACAUUGGCACUGAGGUUUUUUAAGUCCCUCUCUGCGUUAUCUUCACAGCCCUCAUAAUCAUGCCAUCUUCACUUGGGCACAGACUGUUUGAGACUCACAAUGUCCCCAGGGCCAUCAUUACAGAGCAUUCUGUAUACAUUCUCACUUAUUCUAAGCAUGUGUAUGUGGGUUCCUCAGCAACACCACUGACUGCACGGCUCCUUAGAGUGCUUAAGCAACUUGUUCUAGCUCCCAGCUCUUCCAGUUGUCAGAAAGCAUGCGCACCAAUAAUCACUAAGUUUAGAGUAAAUUCUUUGUCACGUUUUCUGCUUGUGUGACCUCUGUCUGCAUUCAAACUUGUUGUUGGUUACGUUGGCUUCUGGAGGGGGCUGGAAAGAUGGUUCAGCGGUUAAGGACACUGGCUGCUCUUCCAGAGGACCAUGGUUCAAAUUCCAGCACCCACAUGGCAGCUCACAACUGUCUGUAACUCCAAGAUUCUGACACUCUCACAAAGACGCACAUGCAGACGAAACACCAACGCACAUAAAAUAAAAUUGGCUUCUGGCUGGGUCUUCCCCGGUCUCUUGUAAGAGUAAGUAAAUAUUUGAAAAGACAAGAUAUUAAAGCCAUUUCUGAUACUUGACAGGUAUGGAGGCAGCCAUAUUCAGUAUUGAGGUACCUGACACUUUGUGGCCAUCGGAUUCCCAGGGCCCAACCUGUGCUAUCUCCUUUACCUCCCCCAACACCCUUGAGACAUGGGGAUUUUUGUCUCUGUUCUACAAAAGAGCAAAUAGCUUUCUCAAAGACAAACCACUAACAAACAUCAAGGUGCCUUUAACUCCAGAACUUGGGUUUUCACCCAUAUUACCAGAAGGCUCUUAGUCCUCAAAUGGAAGACCCAUGGUACCAUGUUAGGAGCUCUUUCUCAACUGCCCCAAGAAAAACAAGUCGAUUAAUUACAUUUCUUCCUGUUUUUCUCAUUUUACGAUGAAGUAUAGCAUAAUUUGAAUAUUCCCUAGCCCAUGAAUAAUUCCACUGGUAAAUUAUUCUGCGAGAUGCAAAUGAUGUAACAAGCCCUCUCUGAGUCCAUGGUUAGCCUGCCAAGACACUCUGUGCCUGGUGUGCCUGAUGUUGAAUGACACUGAUGUUUUCAUUGUGGAGCUCCACAUUUACUCCUGAGUGGAAAAGCCAUUGGCAUGUGAUGUCUCUGAGAAGGAGAGUUCAUUAAAUACUCUAUUCCAUACAUUAAAUCCCCAGGCUAGCCCAGAAUAUGCAUAGGACGGGAAGCCAGAUUGGAGUUUGAAUGGUACCCAGUAUAGCCCAUCUCUGGGCAAUUCUUAACUCCUGUCAGACAUUGUUUAUGGAGUUGAGAAUUCAGGACACAAUAUGUCAUCGUGUGUUUAAAGUGUAUAAUGAGGAGAGGCUUCAGGAGGCCAAAAGAAACAGCAGGCUUUUUAGCUGGAUUUUCCUCUGUUGCUUUCCUGACUCAUGUUGAAAGGCUUUUGUUUCUAAUCAAAGCAACAAACAGUAAGGUCACUUCCUUGCGAUUAUAUGGCAGCGGAAGGUGUCCGGGGGCUUUGGGUCCUCACUUCCACCGGCUUGUAGUUGGAGGACAGAGGCACACACACACACACCCCACAGCGCUGAAUACAUGUGUCCUGCAUCCCGCAUCUCCUCGCCAGUCCCUUUAAAUGAGCCUCGAUCAUGGAUUGGAGAUGACAGAAGGCAGGCACUGCCAGGUUCACCUGCUGGAUGACAGAAGACUGGAGCUUCUGGUUCAGCCCAAGCUUUUAUCCAGAGAGCUGCUAGACCUCGUGGCGUCCCACUUCAACCUGAAGGAGAAGGAGUACUUUGGAAUAACGUUUAUAGACGACACGGGUCAAGAGAACUGGCUGCAGCUAGACCACAGAGUUCUGGAGCAUGAUCUGCCGAAGAAGCCAGGCCCAGCCGUCCUGCACUUUGCCGUCAGGUUCUACAUCGAGAGCAUAUCCUUUCUAAAGGAUAAGAACACAGUGGAGCUGUUUUUUCUGAACGCAAAGGCCUGUGUACACAAGGGGCAAAUUGAAGUAGACAGCGAGACCAUCUUCAAGUUGGCAGCCCUGGUUUUGCAGGAAAGCAAGGGAGAUUAUACCAGCGAUGAGAAUGCCAGGAAAGACUUGAAGACACUGCCAGUCUUCCCAACCAAAACUCUUCAGGAACAUCCGUCGCUUGCGUACUGUGAGGACAGAGUGAUUGAGCAUUAUUUGAAAAUCAAAGGUCUCACUCGGGGUCAAGCUGUGGUCCAGUAUAUGAAAAUAGUAGAAGCCCUACCAACCUAUGGAGUCCAUUACUAUGCAGUGAAGGAUAAGCAAGGACUUCCAUGGUGGCUUGGGAUCAGCUACAAAGGAAUCGGCCAGUAUGAUUUACAAGACAAGGUGAAGCCUCGGAAAUUAUUUCAGUGGAAGCAGCUGGAAAAUUUGUAUUUCCGUGAGAAGAAAUUUGCUGUGGAGGUGCACGACCCCCGAAGGAUUUCAGUGUCCAGAAGAACCUUUGGACAGAGUGGCCUGUUUGUACAAACCUGGUAUGCAAACUCUUCCCUCAUCAAGUCCAUCUGGGUAAUGGCCAUUAGCCAGCAUCAGUUCUACCUGGACCGGAAGCAGAGCAAAGCAAAAAUUCCUUCAGCCAGAAGCUUAGAUGACAUCGCGAUGGAUUUAACCGAGACCGGAACACAGAGGGUCUCCAAACUGGUGACUCUGGAAGCCAAGAGUCAGUUCAUCAUGGCCAGCAAUGGCAGCCUGAUAUCCUCAGGUUCUCAGGACUCGGAAGGCAUGGAGGAGCAAAAGCGGGAGAAGAUUCUCGAACUCAAGAAGAAGGAAAAACUGCUGCAGGAAAAGCUCUUGAAGAAAGUCGAGGAGCUGAAGAAGAUUUGCCUGCGUGAGGCCGAGCUCACAGGCAGAAUGCCAAAGGAGUAUCCACUGAACAUAGGCGAGAAGCCCCCUCAGGUCAGGAGGCGAGUGGGGACCACGUUCAAGUUGGAUGACAACUUACUGCCUACUGAGGAGGAUCCAGCUUUACAAGAACUGGAGAGCAAUUUCCUGAUACAGCAAAAGCUGGUCGAAGCUGCAAAGAAGCUUGCCAGUGAGCCAGACCUUUGUAAAACCGUGAAGAAAAAGCGAAAGCAAGAUUACACAGAUGCUGUGAAAAGACUGCAGGAGAUUGAAAAUUCCAUAAACGAAUACCGAAUCCGAUGUGGCAAGAAGCCCAGUCAGAAAGCUGCCGUUGUCCCUCCAGAAGACAUCAUUCCAUCCGAAAGUAGCUCUUUGUCCGACACCACCACCUAUGAUGAUCCCAAUGACUCCUUCACUCUUGCUGGGCAGCGACCAAGUUCAGUACCUCAUUCUCCAAGAAUUCUACCCCCCAAGUCUCUUGGUAUUGAGAGAAUCCACUUCAGAAAAUCCUCCAUCAAUGAACAGUUCGUGGACACCAGGCAGUCCAGAGAAAUGCUGUCCACCCACAGCAGCCCUUACAAGACACUAGAGAGGCGGCCCCAGGGAGGACGGAGCAUGCCCACCACGCCAGUCCUGACUCGGAAUGCCUACAGCAGCAGCCACCUGGAACCUGAUUCCUCGUCUCAACACUGCCGCCAACGGAGCGGAAGCCUGGAGUCCCAGUCCCACCUGCUCUCUGAGAUGGACAGCGAUAAGCCAUUUUUCACCCUUUCCAAAUCCCAAAGAAGCAGCAGCACAGAGAUCCUUGACGACGGGUCUUCGUACACCAGCCAGUCAAGCUCAGAGUAUUACUGUGUGACGCCUGCUGCCGGCCCUUACUACACCACCCAGACCUUAGACACCCGUGCCAGGGGGAGAAGAAGGUCUAAGAAACACAGUGUUUCUACUUCCAAUUCGGGAAGCAUGCCCAACCUAGCACAAAAGGAUACCUUGAGGAACGGCGUCUACUCAAAAGGUCAGGACCCACCUCCUUCCGGUUACUAUAUCGCCGGAUAUCCACCGUAUGCGGAGUGCGACCUGUAUUACAGUGGUGGCUACGUCUACGAGAAUGACACUGAGGGACAGUACAGUGUCAAUCCUUCUUACCAAUCCUCAGCUCACUAUGGAUACGACCGCCAGAGGGACUAUAGCAGGUCUUUCCACGAAGACGAGGUGGACCGAGUGCCCCAUAACCCUUAUGCAACUCUCCGGCUGCCAAGGAAGGCUGCUGUGAAAUCUGAGCACAUCACCAAAAACAUCCACAAGGCCAUAGUUGCCGAGCACCUUCGUGGCUGGUAUCAGAGGGCUUCUGGACAAAAGGAUCAGGGGCAUAGCCCACAGACUAGCUUUGACUCAGACAGGGGAUCACAGAGGUGCCUUGGAUUUGCAGGGCUCCAGGUUCCCUGUUCUCCAAGCAGUCGAGCAUCUUCCUACUCUUCAGUGUCUUCUACAAAUGCUUCUGGGAACUGGAGGACCCAGUUAACCACUGGGCUCUCUGAAUACGAAAAUCCAGUGCAUUCUCCCUACACCAGCUACUAUGGCAACAUCUACAAUCCCUUGCCCUCUCCAAACAGACAGUACGCAGAGAGCACUCCGCUGGACGGUACAGACGGAAACCAGCUGGAAGACAGCCUGGAGAGUAGUGAACAGAGGCUCUUUUGGCAUGAAGACUCCAAGCCCGGAACAUUAGUCUGAAUGCAGCUGGACCUCCUGACCAAGCACUGCGCGUUCUCACACUAGUGUGCCUUGCAAAGUCUGUUCAUCUUCUACAAGAAGGCUUUAGAAACUAAAGGCAUGAAAGGUCGAAGACAAGACUUAAAUGUGGUUUGAAAGAGAAUCACACACUAAGCCCCACAAAGCCCUGGAUGAGGACUUGCCUUCCACAUUGUAGGCACUGACUCAUCACUAAGUCGGAUCCCGUUGUGGGACUCUUGUCAAGAGGGCCUGCACAAAGCCUUGACCCACAGCGAGCUCUUAUGAAGGGGAUAACAUUUGCCAAAGGCAAGCCCCGAAGCUGGGAAGAUGGUCACGGAGUUUGUCCCAUUGGAGAGGAGGAUGGGAGAUUUCAGACCACAGUUCAGAAUUCGGAGAGAGGGAACCCAGAAGCUCCUGAAUCAUGACUCACCUUCACAAGGUUUGAACUCACGAGCUGACAGAAAACACCCUGUUACCACAAACCGAUGAGGACAAUUUAGACAGUAUUGGAAACUUACUUGAAGAGAAGUUAGAUUUUCAUGAAGUUCUGAAUGAGUGUAAAUGUUUUAGGCUAUUGCAAAAAUGACGUUUUUCAUAAGCACCCUAGUAUGGAUUCUAGCCUUCUGAUUGCUGUAGCAUCCCGUACUAUAACUUAAAGGUAGCCAACUAGAGGAAAUGAAGUAACUGGCCAGUUCUGCUUGGAGAACGUUCUAAAGGUACAUGCCACCAGUCCCUGCUGUGCUUCCCAACACCGCUCAGACUGGUGACCUUUGCCUGUCAUCUGAAUGGUGGGCUCGAGGUGGCAAGCUUAUCUGAAAAAGUGUUUGGAGAUGCUAACAGAAAGGACCCCAAAAGGACAAAGCCAACCCACAUCACCGUAGAUGAAUCGUGUGCCUUACAGUGGUGAGCCGUAGAAAAUGAAGCCUACGAUCUGAACUCCAGAAGUAAAUCCGAGUCACAGAGUGACGAGCCGAGAUUGGCAGGAAAGAAUUUACUCCAAGCUGCAGGAGAUUGAAUUAUGAGGAUUAAACUACCUCAUACCCCCCGGAGGAAGUCGUUUGUGUAGGUUAGCUGUUCACAGGACCUUGCCUGCCUCUAGAGCAGCCUUGUUCUUUGUGUCUUUUUUUUUUUUUUUUUUUUUUUUUUUGGCUUCAGAGUCCCACAAAAGGUGCUCCCUUCCCCUCCCUUUUAUACAAGUUUCUUGUUCAUAUUGUGAAUAGAGACAUUUCUCAACAAGUUUUCUGGAACAUUUUUCUACUUGUAUUCCAAAGCAUGUAAUAUAUACAUAAAAAAUGAUUUGAUAACUGCUACUCUGUCAUUUGUAUCAUUAGAAAUGAAGUUUGGGGAAAAUUUUUUUGGAAAAAAAGAAGACACAAGUUAAAAAAAAUAACUUAUUCCUUUUUGCAUAUUUGUAUAGCCUCCCGAAAUUGGAAAUCGCCUUUUGCAUAUUCUUUCACUGUUUUGACUUUUUGAGACCUAUUAAUUUUUUUUUAUGUAGGGCAAUAAACUUAUGGUGUGCUAUUGACACA